GGAUCGGCGCGUUCUAAUUUUGAACCUGAAUAAGUUCCACCCAUCGGCCUCGCAUACAAGUAUUUACCUAUGAACGUCUUCUCUCUCUCUCUCUCGAUACAGAUGCGUACUAGGUACUAAAAUAACCUAGACUACGCCUGCCUUGCGUAUCGCUCUUUCGUCAAGGCAGCGAACCGCCAAUUUGUUCCCCCCCCCUUUCCGUCAUUUGGAUCUCACGAUGGUGUCCUUCAGCUUCACGGCGCUCGCGGCGCUCGCGGCGUUCGCGGCGUCGGUCGUCUCGGCGACGGUGCCCAGCUCGGCCCGGUUCGACCUAUCCAAGCCGUCGUACGACCUCUACCGCAACAAGCCGCUGCACGACGACACGGUGCAGCAGGGCUUCGCCUUCGACAACGUCAACCGGCGGCUGUUCGUGUCGCAGCGCAAGAACGGCGCGGGCGAGACGUCGGGCGACCUCUGCAUCACCCAGCUCGACUUCUCCGGCAACGAGGUGGGCCACAUGUACCUCGAGGGGUUCGGCCACGGCGUCUCGUUCGGCGCGCAGGCGGACGGGUCGGCGACGUACCUGUGGACCGAGGUGGACGCCAACGACAACGGCUACGGCAAGCAGCUGGCGCGGUUCAAGUUCACGAGCGGCAAGACGCUGACCAAGUCGUCGAGCGAGCUCAGGAAGUUCAAGCCGGUGGCGGCGGCCACGGAGCACACGUGCGCCGUCGACCCGGUGCACAACCGGCUGGUGGUGCGCUACCACCUCGAGGGCUCGGGCAAGCACAUCGCCGUCUACGACCUCGCGGCCGCCACCAAGGGCGACUUCUCGUCCCCGCUGGCCGACUUCAAGCAGCCGCUGCCCAAGACCAAGGGCAAGAACUUCCAGGGCUACACCGCCUACGGCCGGUACCUCUACCUGCUCUGGGGCGACUCGUACGACGUCAGCGCCGAGCUCAACUCGGAGGUCGCCAGCGUCGACAUGAACACGGGCGAGGUCGUCCAGGGCCCCCUCAUCACCAAGGCCGGCUCCACCCUCAGCUUCCGCGAGCCCGAGGGCCUGGCCAUCUACAAGACGGCCGCCGGCCAGGUCCGCCUCUUCCUCGGCUUCGCCUCCGGUAAGGCUGGCGACCGGAGGUCCAACCUCUUCUACAAGAACGUGACCGUUUCUUGAACGACGUCCCUAGGCAGAUGGCUUCCCGGGCCUCUAAUUAAAUCAGAGAGCGUUGCAUUGGCAGUUAGGCGUGGCUAUCUUGACACAGGUCUUCCAGACCUUUCCCUACAUAAUGGAGUGCAUUGGAGCAUGUCUCGAACAACGGCGUUGCAGUUGCCAAUUGUCAUACUAUAGAUAACAAGCCUUGCCCAAAGCAUCGCUACGGUUUUCCCUGGUCAUCAAAAUGUACAUACAUACCUAUUAUGCCUUGCCGCCGUCGCGGGCACGUCUAAGACCCGCUUUUAGAGUGUAGCCAAUAACUAGACGAAAAACCAUCCACCA